AUGACCACAUAUCCCGAAGAACGCGUCCUUAAACUGCUCGAUCCUGUUCCGAGCGAUGUGAACGAAUGGCCUGACUUUGCCCUGCGGGAAGUGAAGAUCUUUUACCAAGGCAAAGGCAGGUAUGCUGAUCUCCUCGAAGCUUCUGAGCAGGUGCCACUAUGUGUUCUAGGAGAAUUGAUGCCACUUGAGGACGAGCAAGAACAUCUUGCAGUACUGGAGAAUCCUACCUAUGUUCGCAUGAAGAUUGACAAUGUCAUGAAUUAUAGUUUCGGACAGAACGAUGAUGGUAAGCCAGUUAUUUGGGCAGCAGGCAAGGCUGGCUGGUAUGAGAUUACGCCGUCUGAUCGAUACAUCAGCCAUUACAACAACACUGCAGAGGCCAUUGAUAUGUUCUAUUUCAUGGUUGAUCAGCACCAGAGACUAGGGCCGAAGCGAAAGAGGCUAGGUUUUCUCAUCGAUCCAUUCUUGCGCGAGUAUCAGAAGCACACGGAUUAUCGGGUGGACGACGACGAUGAAGCUAUGGAGAUCCUACACAAACACCACAAGUUCCUGCUCAAACAAAUGAUAGAAGAGAGGGAAGAUGUAGACUGGUCUCAGACACAUCUUUGGAAACAUCUAGCUGCAACAUACAACGACGAGAUCGAGGAAUUGCGAGCGAGUUUAGCCCAAGAGGCCCAAGUGGACAUAGUAGUACUAGAGCAAUCGUCCGGUGGCGAAGAAGGCUUACAAGAGGAAAUUGCGACAAGUUCGGUGGACGAAUCAUCUGACAACGACGAUUCUGAAGAUGCACCGCUGGUCAAAUCUAGUAGCUCUAGCACAGCCUCCGCAACAUCAACUGAUAGCGAAGCCGAGACCACCGACUGGACGAAACCCAUUUGGUCCUUGUUGAAUGUCUUGAGGAAAUCGCCGACCUUCGACAUCAAGACAGCCGGCAUUGACGACCUGGCACGUGAGGUGGAGAAGAUGCCAGCAUUCUUUGCUGGUCACAAAGGCGCUCUCAAAGCAAUCGAGCGAGCUGCUGAGCCUCUGCUUCGUUUGAUGAACGAAGCAAAAUUGCGGAAGAAAUUCAACUGGUCAACACGAGCCAUAUAUGCGGAACUAGAAGCAACACUGGCGGAAGAGAUAGCUGAUGAUAUACGUACCCCCGCCCCACGAACUUCGAAAAAGAAACACAGACUAAAGUCCGUACUAAGACCGAGUGGAGCAACUAAAGCUAGUAAGAAAACCUCCUCGUUAACCCCUGGCCAGAACGACAAUGAAGACGAGGUCAUGGAGGACGAUGUCACUCCGCGACCAGACCAUAUCCCGAUAGUGCAUAAACGAAGUCUAGCAGAUGGCCGACGUGAUUUCAGUGAGGAGUCUGGUGUCAGUCGAAUGGACAGUCCAAGUCGACAGCUUAAUGGUCACUUCAGUGGUGACGCUCUACCCGACUUGCCGCCAGCGCCUGAGGCUCAAGAAAUGCUUGACUUGGUCAGAAAUGAAGCUAAGAAGCAUGGUCGUGUAAACCAAGUACACCAUCUUGAGGCCUUGCUUGGCCAUUUCAACGGCGGGUUCUGA